UGUAUUUAUCAAAUUAAAUUAAAGAAAGCAUUAGCUAUUGAUCCAAUCAAAUGCAUAUUUUAAUAAAGGUGGAAUUUUUAUUAAGCUCUGGUAUGUAAUUAUUUAAAUUUAGGAUUACCCAUCAAAACAUUAAGGGAAGGCAAAAUAUUAAAUCAAAAUAAAAAUGCCUGUAACAAUAAAGGUAUUCAAUAUGAUUGAAACAUAGGUCCAAUUUGAA